AUGACAACAGAGACGAGUUCCUUCUUCAAGAAAAUGACAAAUAUAUACUUAACGACGGCAGUAGCUGACGUAUUUGCUAAUACAAUUAUCAGGGGAAUUCAAUGUGCAGAUUGCCCGAUUGAUUUUGUAGAUGCAGUAUUACACGGCUGUCACACUGCCACAACAUUUAUUGCUCAUCCAAUAGCCGAUAAAAUUUUAGAAAAUAUUUCUCAAUCAUACAAAUAUCAUUCGCAAGAUGAAAAUGGAUGCAAAAUUUAUGCUUAUGUAGCUGGUGGCAUAGCAACUGCAGGUCUUAUCACAGCAAUUAACUUUCCAUUGGAUCAAUUCCGAACUUCUCGCAAAGAAGGAAAAUUCAAUAUGCCAAAAGCAUCGGAAUUCACAGGUUUCUUUGUGAAUCAGGUAGGCUCUAAAUUAGGAUCAAUGUUUGCAUGCCAGAUGCUAGGUUCUAUUGCAGCAAAGGAAUACACUAAUCCAUUUAUCAGAUGGACAAGAGAUCAGGCUCUCCUUGCAUCUGUAAACUUUGUGUCAACAAUAUUUGUUGUUCCUAUUGCCCUUGUUUCUCGUAAGAAUAUCAAGCAGCUCUUUACCAAGUGGGUAAAGCAGUUGUAUCCAAAUAUGAUUCUUUGUGACUCAGUAGGACACUUCAUGUCCCUUUCAUCUUUUUAA